AUGUGUUUGAAAGCAGGAUGCUCCUUAGAUCAUUGUUUCAUGCACCCUGAGCACUCUGAACACUUUCCACUCGGUCAUGAUCACUUUGCUGUGUGGGCAGCUGCUUGGAACAAGGAUAAUAGUCUCGCAAACAUGGAAUCACCACCUAACCACCAUAAAUUCAACAUGAUACCAGGUCAUCAAUUGAAUGAGUUGUCUCCACUGCUUCAGCAUUGCCUUGCAAAUCAUAACCAACCAACUGCCAGUAACUCAGCUGCUCCGGUGUUCAACUUCAAUAUACCUCCAGAAUUACUCAAUGUGUUCCAUCCAACAAACAUAAAACCAACCAAGGAGCAUGCCCCUCCUACAAUGCAAGAUCAACACUCUCUUCUCCAGCCUGGAUCUCAUCAUGACCCUGACCUUUCUCUGGAUGGUUUCUGUGCUUCAUACAAUCUCAGUGAUGGGAUCUGA